GGUCCUCAGAAAUUCGAGAUUCGAGAUUACCAAGUUGGCCGAAACCAAAGCCUCUUCGCUUUUCUUCAUUCCCAAGUUCCUCUUCUGUUAAAAUUUAAAACCCUAAUUAUUAUUUAGUUGCUAUUAUUUGUAACUUGUAUGUUUUUCUGAUAUACUAAAAGAAAGAAAUAAAUAUAUGCGAAAGAUGGGUUCAUCCUCGUCGGAAACGAAGUUCCUGCAAGAACUGAUUUUAUACGCCGCCAGCGCCGCCCUUAGUUGCUUGGUACUCUUCGCGGGGCUCCGACACCUCGACCCCAACCGAGAAGCUUCUAAAAAAGCACUGGAGCACAAGAAGGAAAUUGCUAAGCGUUUGGGUCGCCCUUUAAUCCAUACUAAUCCCUAUGAGGAUGUGAUAGCAUGCGAUGUGAUAAAUCCUGAUCACAUUGAUGUGGAAUUUAAGUCUAUUGGAGGAUUGGAAGCCAUCAAGCAGGCUCUUUAUGAACUAGUGAUUCUUCCAUUACGGAGACCAGAGCUGUUUUCACAUGGAAAGCUUCUUGGUCCUCAAAAAGGGGUUCUGUUUGGACCCCCGGGUACUGGAAAGACCAUGCUUGCUAAAGCCAUUGCAAAGGAGUCUGGAGCUGUUUUUAUCAAUGUGAGGAUUUCAAAUCUGAUGAGCAAGUGGUUUGGUGAUGCACAGAAACUUGUGGCUGCAGUGUUCAGCUUGGCCUAUAAACUCCAGCCUUCCAUUAUAUUUAUUGAUGAGGUCGACAGUUUUUUGGGACAGCGUCGUAAUACAGACCAUGAAGCAAUGACGAACAUGAAGACUGAGUUCAUGGCUUUAUGGGAUGGGUUUACCACCGACCAGAAUGCACAAGUUAUGGUUCUUGCUGCAACGAAUCGUCCAUCCGAACUAGAUGAAGCCAUACUCAGACGACUUCCUCAGGCUUUUGAGAUUGGAAUACCUGACUGCAGGGAGAGGGCUGAGAUACUGAAGGUGAUUUUGAAGGGUGAGAGUGUUGAAGAAAACAUUGACUUUGACUACAUAGCCAGUUUGUGUGAAGGGUACACAGGGUCAGAUCUUCUUGAACUCUGCAAGAAAGCAGCAUACUUUCCUAUUAGGGACUUACUAGAUGAGGAGAAGAAAGGAAAACCAUCUGGAGCUCCAAGGCCGUUAUCGCAGAUUGAUUUGGAGAAAGUUAUUGCCACAUCAAAGAAGACUGGGGUUGCUGCAAAUGAAUAUAGCAGGUUAAGUUCACAAUUACCUGGAUGGUCAAGGCAGAGGGAAUCAGAUGAUUAUCAGGUUCAAGCUGCUAUUAAUGAACUCUCCAAGCUUGUAGUUUCUCAAAUUGUUAACCUUCAAUCAGAUUCCCCAGACGUCUGAAAUUCUCAUCUCUAUACUCUGAUUCCGCCAUGGAAUCUGGUGUUGUGUAAUACUAAGCUUUGAAAGUUUGGUUCUUUUUCCUGGCAAAGCUACUUAUUAACAUUUGAGGUGGCUCUUAUUGUGAUGGCAGCUUUGAAACAGUAAGAACUGAUAUAGUCACUAAGUUAUUCAUUUAAAAUAACUUUCCAUUUGCAUUUCGGUUGCCUGGGCUAUAAUUUUUUUCCCCCAUAAUUUUAGAUGCCGCAAUUCCAAUGGAGCUUGUGAAAGUUAGCCAGUGAAAUCUUUUAGUUGUAUUAUAUUUGAGAAACCCUGUUGAUUCAGUUUAAUAGGGAUGUUUAUGUGGUGGACCACCGUUAAGACUGGUUUGGGUGUUGUAUUCCACUUUUUGUUGCUUGAUCUGGAAGAUCUCUAUAACAAGAUGGGUCUAGUCAUUUUGGGGUAUUGCAGCUCCCAUGUUUUAAUGUGAAAGCAAUAAUUUUACGUUCAAUGCAUGGUUUACUCAUCAUCGGUGGUUGCUUUUCACAGUCUUUUGUUCUUAUAAUUUUUACAGGUUGCAACAGCCAGGAAUUACUGUUAAUUGUUAUCAAUUGGGUGAUGGCAUGGGGUGGGCUGGAGUCCAGUACUUGGUACCAUUUUAAAUGCUGGUGGCUCCGGCCAUAACUUCGGCUUUUAUCGCAUGCCUUGAAUUUUGCAACUUUGCAAGCCUUUCCCUCUGUCUUUUGCUGUAAGCUGAUCAUAACUACACGAAUGGCCAUAUUUCAUUUGAAAAUUGUUUGACCUUUAGUUCGUGGGACCGAUGCGAAUAUGGGUAAAGUUUAUAAUAUGAGUCUUAAGGGAUAAUAUCGAGAUAAUACUUAGCGCCCAUUUUUCUACGAAUACUUUUGGUUAGUUUACCAU